GCACGUCCAGACGAGGACCCGUCUUAGCAAUGAACCAUGCAGCGUCGACCACCUCGUUUGCCGCCUCGAACUACUUUCCCAGCCGACGACGGGUGUGGCAAGCAUGCACGAAUUGCCGCAACCGCAAGACGCGAUGCGACGCGGCGCAACCGAGGUGCGGCCUGUGCACGGCCCAGGAUGUCGAAUGCAUCUACAAGGACAGCCAGCAGCCCCGAAUCGAGCACAACACGAAGAUCCUGCUGGAGAGGAUCCAAAUGCUUGAGGACCGUAUUUUCUCCUCGACUGCCUUCCUAUCAGAGCAACGGGACCGGACCGGACCGCCCCCAGUCGAGCCCAUCAACCCACUACCACUCAAGGAACGCAACUCAGCGUGGGCGACCUUCUCGUCGGCGCCUAGGAACGGACCAGACGAGGUUGCUCAGACAGCGGCAUCGAGGGAUGCUCCGGACGGCGACAGCCAGAUCCCCAUCCCGCUCUCGCACACCGCCAAUGCGAACCACGUCCUGGGCUGGCCCUUCGUCCAGCGACUCCUUGCAGACUCAGGGGUGCUGCCUGCCAGGCCUCGAAUUGAUGUGCCCUGGACUGCUGCGACGGAUUCAUUUUUCGUCAUCUCGCCAGAUUCAUCGGGCACGCCACCUCAGUCGUGGAGGCUCUUCCACGACCAAGGCCGCCAGGGACAGACCGAGAACCCAGAUCAUCUCCGUAACUGCAUCAACUCGUACUUUGAGCAAGUUGACGUCUUCUUCUCCUUGCUUUCGCUUAGUGAGCUCGCCUCUGUCCUUGAGGCAGUCAUUUCCUCCGAGUUGGGACCAGACGAAUGGCCGUCUGAUCGCAUCGUCUCAACUGCCGAGUACUGCUUGCUGCUGCUCGUCCUCUGUCUCGGUUCCUUUGUCAGUCGUGGGGAGGCUCGAAUACACCUUGAAUCUGAUCUGCCCCUCGACGACGAUGGUGGUCAAUCGCAGACCCUCGACGACCAGCUAUGGCAGAAAGCGAAGCUGCUCCUCGGCUACCUCUCGUCUCAGGUUAGCGUCGAGGCGGCGCAGUGUAUCAUGCUUGCCAGCCUGUACAUGGGAGCCAGGGGCCGAGUGGCCGAUUCAUUCAAUUGGGCUCACGGAGCCGCCGUCAAGUGCGAGGCGCUUGCAAAAUUACUCUCCAACCAAAGCAGUCAACCUGAUGCCUUCCCAGAGUCAUUCCGGCGGCUGUACUGGGUGGCGUAUAUCUAUGAGAGCGAUUUCGUGUCCGAAGUCUCCAUCACGCUCCCCUCGGGCAUUACUCGGUACGAAGACCUGGUACCCUACCCAGCCAAUGGACAGCUCACUAAGCUGUCCCACAUGGGAACUACGCCGGGUUCGGAUGGCAGCACGCCAGGAUCCAUGUCCUUUGAUCGCACUGACGAGCGGGUGGCGUUCCAGAUCAGCACCAACGCCGCCAUCCGGCGCUUCCUUAAUCGUGCUAACAACUUCGUCUACGAUAGCAAGGACCAGUUCCGGAUGACGCGAGCGAACUACGCCAACUGGCUCCUUCGCAUCACGGAGGACUUAUGGUCCUACCACGGCGCUAUCUACCAGAACCUCCACGACUUCCUCCUUAAGAGCCAGUUUCUGCCGACGCAUCUACGAAAUGCCUCGUCACCCAAACCUCCUGGCAUUUCGUGGCUGCCUGAGCUAGGGCACGAUCCUUGGAACGUCCUGCGUCUGGAGGGGCGGUAUUACGCGGGCCAGUACACCAUUCACCGACCGUUCAUCGAGUACGUGCUACUCAACAUGGAUCACUUCCAGACGCACCCUUGUCGAGAGGCAAUUCUGGAACGAUGCCGCCGGUGUCUUCAAGGCUGCCGGGGGUUCAUCAAGGUAUUCGACGUUGAAUCUGCCAACAGUGUCACUUGCCUCUUCGCACCCGGGAUGGUCACGUUCACCAUGAUCAUCAUCCUGCGCAUAGCAACCCUGUGCCAGUUAUUUCGGGACCUUCUCUCAGACGACGUGGAGCACGUUAUCUUUGUCGGCAAGCGGAACUUACGAAGAUUCGCGAGGAGUGUCAAGGAUUUCCAGUGGCAUCUGGAGGUACUAGACAAGCUGGAUGCAGCCUGUCGGGGCAUGGCUAUGUCGUAACAUCGUAGGUGACGAACCUUAACGAGCGACUAAACAGCAAGAUGAAAUGACCGUGUUUUAAGCGCUGAGGUAGUAGCAGUAACGUCAGACCUUACUUGCUCUAGGCGAUGAAAGUAAAGUUGCUGUGCGUUGCAUACCUAAAAC